GUCGGAGUUUUGGGGAGCUCCCGGCGGACUUUUUCAUCGUGCGGGGAGCGGCUGGAGCUGGUCGAGAGGUUCCCUCCGACCAUCCUGCCUUCUGGCGGGAGGGCUACCUCGCCCUGUGCAAACCCACUGCGACCACCGCUGCAACCCCCACCUCCGCCUCCACCUCCGUCACGCCAGCAGCAGCAGCAGCAGCAGCGCCGGGCACCUCCGCCGCAUCCUCCGGCCCUGCUACCGCUACCGCUGCUGGGCCCAUGGCAGCAUCAACAGCAGCGACAGCAGCAGCAGCAGCAGCAGGGAGUUCAGGAUCUGGAUCUGGGUCCUCAUCCUCGUCAUCCUCCUCGAUGUCGUACUUGUGUCCUCCCUUUUUGGAGCCGCUGGUACCCAGCAUCAUGGCAGCAGGCAAGUCCCUGCGUCUUCGGCAGCGAGAGGCCGACAGCGUGGAGGCAGCCGCCAGCGCCACGGCAGGGUCCGCAGGGCCCGGCUAUGGCGCCAGCGGAUCUUCCGUACUGGAUCUCGUUGCCCUCGAAGAAUCGUACGCCAUGUACGGAUUAUCUCCUGCAUCAGAGUACGACAUGUCGUACUACGGCGCUGUGGGAAGCGGAAGCGGCGGUGUUGCGCGGUGGGGCAGUGGCGGAAGGGACCUCAAGCGGAGCCUCAUGGAACGGCUCCUGCCGUACCUUGUCCCGUCGAUAGCAACUGCCGUACAACCGCAUGCAACAACCGUAACAACUGCUGGAGGCAUGCCGUACAAUGGCUUAGUUUCCGACUUGGAUCGCGCAAUGGAUGAUGACGAGGGCGUUGGCGGCGGCAACGGCGGGGUUUGGGGAACUCCACCCCGAUUGUCAGCGGCAGUGGCAGCCCCGCUGCAUGCGGCUGUCACUCCGCCAAGGCAACCCGCGGCAACGGCAGCUGCGGCAGCGCGAGACCCAGCGGCAGCGGCAGGGGCCACCGCCACAGCUGCCAGCGGCCCCGGACUCCUGUGGGACCGCAUGGCUUCGUCUGCUGCCCGGCUGAGGGCCCUAUGCCACCCCAACAGCAGUAACAACAAUGACAAUGGUGGCGUCAGUGGCAGCAAUGGGAACUCCGACGGUGUGUCGUACGGCCCCGGCACGGCAGCUGCGGCACCUCGAGGUACGACAGCCGCCGCAUGUCAUGGAUUUGGAUCUAGAUCUCCGGUUUCACCGCUGGAUGUUGGUUUCGGAGCCGGCGACGGUGGCGGUCACGGCGGUAGCGCUGCUAGCAGCCCUGGACUACAUGUUGUCGUACAUCGGCAGCAGCAGCGUCAUGAGAAUGAGGAGGAGGGUGAUGUUGAUGCGGUGGCAGUGGUGGCGGCGGAGGUGGGUGGCUGGUGGCCCCACCGCUGUGAAGCACUCAUGCGGACAGGAACUACGUCAUCAUCAUCUUCAGCGGCGGCGGCAGCGGGACACCUACCGUUAGCGUCGUACGGCAAGGGUCGUGGCGGCUUUGGCGGCGGCGGUGUUAACAGCGGCGGUGGCGGGUGUUGGAGCUCACCCCUGUCUGGUCCCUGGCUCCGCAUGAGGCAGUGCCUGCGUGCCGGGCCGCACUACGCCUCCCUGCUCAGCCCCCCUCCUCACGCCGGCAGUGCAGCUGCCAGCGGAGGCGGCCGCCACCCCCACCUCGCUGCCUUGGCUGCCGCCGCCGCCGCAGCUGCUCGUAACGCCUACCAGCACUCCGCCCUGGACCUGCUGCUGCUGCAUGCAUGCGGACUGGCGCUGCCCUCGGCCUCGCAGGCAGCUCUGCCGGCAUCGCUGCAGCUGCUUACAGCUGCAACCCCUGCUGCUGACGGUGGUGACGGUGGGGGUGACGGUGGAGGUGACGGUGGGGUUGGCGGUGUUGCGGUUCUGGGUCUGCCGCACCCGCAGGAGCUGCUGCAGCGGGGCCUGCUGGAGCCGCUGCAGGACCGGGCGGACCACAUCAACGAU